GACAGAGACAGUCUUAUCCGCACCCACCAUCCACCGCCAUGUUCUCAGCCCUUGCUGGCGGCGUAGCCCUCCUUGGGCUCGCUGCAUCUUCCGUCGUGAGCGGCGCUCAGCAGCCAUUCGCACUCAGCGGCGGCAAGUUCGAGUCAUACGACGCGGGACUCUUCAGCCCCGUGGAGGACCUCGGCCUGCUAUCCACCUCAGAGUUCACGGCCCUCGCGCACCCGACGUUCCCCAAUUACAACGUGCGUAUCAAGAAGUCGGAUUUCUGUGACGGGACUGUGAGGGCCUUCACCGGGUACAUCGACAUCGAAGCCAGACAUCUAUUUUUCUAUUUCUUCGAAAGCCGGAGCAACCCUGACAAGGACGAUGUCAUCUUCUGGACGAACGGCGGACCUGGAUGCUCCUCUUCGCUCGGACUGUUCAUGGAACUAGGACCCUGCAGAGUCAAUGAUGUCCACAACGUUACUUUCAAUCCUUAUUCUUGGAACGAGAACGCAAAUAUCUUCUUCAUCGACCAACCUAUCGGUGUCGGCUUCUCAUAUGCAGACCACGGAGAAUAUGUUAGCACGACCGAAGACGCUGCAAAGGACAUUGCCGCUUUCGUGGCGAUCUUCUUCGAACACUUCAGUAGCUUCAAGGGCCGGGCGUUCCACAUGGCAGGAGAGUCAUACGGAGGGCGCUAUGUUCCAGCCUUCGCCUCUGCCGUGUAUGACCAGAAUUCCAGGUUAGUCGCGGUCGGCAUGGCGCCGAUAAACUUGAAGUCUGUGAUGAUAGGAAAUGGCUGCACGGAUUGGAAGACGAUGUUUCCAGCGUACUACGAGAUGCAGUGUCAGCCCAAGACCAUUGACCCUGUGGUCGAUAUCAGUUCGUGCGUUGGAACUAAGCAAGCGCUCCUCCGUUGCGAGAAGCGGCUGAAAGAGGAUUGCUAUGAUACCACUGAUGCAAUCAACUGUCAAGCAGCUCUCUCCUUCUGCCGAGACCACAUCGAAUCACCAUUCUGGACUGCAGAACGUAACCCCUACGACUUGACGAAGUCAUGCAAUGCAGACGAAAUGAGCGAUUCACUCUGCUAUUCCCUGAUAACGAAAAUCAGCUUAUUUCUCGAUCGCACUGAUGUCCGCAAGACUUUGGGCGUAGAUCACAGCGUACAAGGCAAUUUCUCGUCGUGCAACGGGAACAUCCUUAACCGCUUCGGCUCUGCGCUGGACGGCAUCUUCCCUGCUGACUACUACAUUGAGGCUCUGCUCGAACGUGGCGUCAAGGUGCUCAUUUAUGCUGGCGUGAAUGACUGGAUCUGCAACUGGGUCGGGAACGAACAAAUGACUUUGAAUCUUGAGUGGACUGGCAAGAAAGCAUUUGCUUCUAAGCCGCUUCGGGACUGGCAGGUCAGCGGCCGCGCCGCCGGCGUCACCCGCAGCUCGGGCCCCUUGACCUUUGCCACUAUUUAUAACGCUGGGCACAUGGCACCAUAUGACAAGGGCGAGGAGUCUCUGGAGCUAGUCAAACGUUGGCUGGCAAAUGACGAGCUCUGAGACUUGCGGCCGAGAAAGUUCUGUCCCUAGUGUUUUUGUCUCUAAAUUCAGAAGCAUGGGUUCUGUAAC